AAAUUAUUUAUGAGACAAUAACAUGCUCAUAUUUAGACUCUUUAAACUAUGGCAGCCAGAUUAAGUUCAACAAUCUCAUAAAGAAGAUCUGUCUUAAUUGAGAGUUAACAAGUGCUCAAUUAAUAAUUAAAUCUGUCCGUUAAUUAAUCCUUUAACAGUCCAAAAAUAAUAUCUAAUCAACAAUCAUUUAUAAUUUCACAGCCAACUAAUAAUAGUAUGAGAGAAACAGUUAAAAGUGUCCGUUGUGCUUCUCCAUCUUUAAGAAUACAAACUGAAAAAGUAGAAAAAGAGGAUAAGAAAUAAUAAUAAUUUAUUGAUGCCACAUUAAAAUUACUAGCAUAGAAUGAGAAGUUAGAAAAAUUAAUUUGUGAAUAAAAUGAAAUGUUAGCAAUGUACAAAUAAGAUAAGUAAGAAUUAGAAUUAAAAGUAAAGAGAUUAACUCAAGAAAUUACAUUUCUAAAAGACACCAAUUAAAAGAGAGUUUUGGCAUUAGAAAAAGAACUAAAAUAAAUAAAAGGAAAAUCUUAACAUUAACCAAAAAAAAUCCUUCGAUGA